CUUCCGUGAAGUGGAGAGCGGUUCCGGUUAAGCGCUUUUGGCGCGCUUUAUUUUUGCUCCAAAAAUGGCGCUAACUGAGAACCGCUAUGAUGCAUUUGGAUUAGCAGAUUUGCUCCCUGUUUACUACAGGCGCCUCUUCCCGUACCCCCAGUACUUCAGGUGGCUGAGUUAUGGAGGUGUCCCCAAGAAUUACUUCCAGAAUCGAGAAUUUUCCUUCACCUUGAAAGAUGACAUCUACGUACGUUACCAGUCCUUUAGUAGUCAGAAUGAAUUGGAGAAAGAAAUACAGAGAAUGGUUCCUUUCAAGAUCGACAUUGGAGCUGUCUAUUCUCACAAGCCUAGUCAACAUAACUCCGUGAAGUCAGGGGCCUUCCAGGCAGAAAGUAAAGAGUUGGUCUUUGAUAUUGAUAUGACAGAUUAUGAUGAUGUCCGAACCUGUUGUAGCUCUGCAGACAUUUGUCGUAAUUGUUGGACGCUGAUGACUAUGGCUAUUAAGAUUCUGGAUAGAGCAUUAGAAGAGGAUUUUGGGUUUCUGCAUCGCCUCUGGGUAUAUUCUGGUCGAAGAGGGGUGCAUUGCUGGGUCUGUGAUGAAAGUGCUCGGAAACUUUCCCAGGCAGCGCGGUCAGCUGUCGCAGAGUACCUGAGUGUGGUUAAGGGUGGGAUUGAUACCGUUAAGAAAGUACACCUGACAGAACCCAUUCAUCCUUCUAUUAAGGAAGCACUCAAAGUGAUAGAUGGUUAUUUUGAAGACUAUGCCACGAGUAAACAAGAUCUUUUCGGCAGUAAAGAAACUUGGCAAAAGAUCCUUGUUUUGGUCCCCGAUGAGAUUCGAGAGGGACUGCAAAGAGAUUUUAUAAAAGCACGGAAUUCAGUUGAGCGCUGGAAAUUGUUACAAAAGAAUUUGAACAAAAGUCCUCAAAUGGGAGAGAUAAAGCUGCAGUACUGCUAUCCUCGCCUGGAUGUGAAUGUUAGUAAAAGUAUCAACCAUCUGCUGAAAAGCCCUUUCUCUGUCCAUCCCAAAACAGGUCGCAUUUCAGUGCCCAUUGAUCUGAAGAACGUGGAUAAAUUUGAUCCCCUUAAUGUGCCCACAAUAAGUUUGCUUUGCAAGGAACUUGAUCAGAAAAUUGAGGAAGAGCAAGAGAAUGUAAGCAUUGAGAAUGGUGGGGAACCAGAGGCAAAGCGUCGCACCAGAGAUUAUAAGAAGACAAGUCUUCUGGGGCCUAUCAAGAUUUUUGAGCAAUUCAUAGAGGAGAUGGAGAAGUCACGAAAGGGUUUGCUGCUGAAACAGAGUGACAAAGAGAUUUUUGAUCAUAACAAAACGUCAUUUUGAAAGUUGAUACCACCUUAAAUCCUGUCUCAAGACCUGGAGAUUAAAACUGCUUGCCUUGCCUUCUGCACCUUUCUUCUGUAACAGUAAUAAAUGUUGAAGUUUAUCAACGUUAUUCAAAAUACUUUGCAUCAAUUCUGGGUGGCUUUCAGGUGACAUGGCGAAUGGAGUAAUUCAGAUCUACAAAUACUAUAUAGCCAUCUGUAAUCAUGCUGUUAUCUAAUAAAGUCUAUUUGUAUAUACAUAAGUUUCAUUUGUUAAUUAUUCAGUUUGGGCUCCUGCUCACAUUGAU